AUGAAGUUUUCUCUUGCCGCCUUCGCCGUUGCUAUCGCAUCCGUUACUGCUGCCAACAUCACUGUUAUUGAACCUUGGGGACAAUCUACCUGGAACGCUGGAGGUUCUGGUCUCGUCCACUGGUCUGCUGCUAACGGCGCUGGUCAAACCUGUGAAAUCCAUUUGUUGACUGGUCAAGCUACCAAUGCUACUUUGGUUGCUAACCUCACUGCCAAUGGACACACUGUUCCUUGCGAUUACACCAAGGCUACCUUCCUUCCUCUCCCUAACUACCCAUCUGGUCAAUACUUUGUUCGUAUCGGUCCUGUUGGCUCCUUGCCUGAACAGUAUGGUUACUCCAACUACUUCAACUACGUCGGAACUGGAAGUGCUUAA